AUGCAUCUCUUCAUGCAGUACUCAGUACUAGCUUUGACGUGUCUAUCCUCUUUCGCAUCUGCCUCCGCAGUUCCCCAUGGACAUUAUUCGAAAAAGUCUGGUGUAAAAGCUGCCGUAGGAGGCACUGUACAAACCGUGAGCGGAGGAUAUCACAACACAGCUUACUUUGUCAAUUGGGCAAUCUAUGGACGAAACUAUCAACCUCAACAAUUGCCGGCCUCCAAGCUGACCCACACCAUAUAUGCAUUUGCUAACCUGAAAACGGAUGGCACAGUGUACCUGUCGGACACAUAUUCCGAUCUUGAGAAACAUUAUUCCACUGAUUCCUGGAAUGACACCGGAAAUAAUGUUUAUGGUUGCAUUAAGCAGCUUUACCUACACAAGAAACACAAUCGUCAGAUGAAAACUCUUCUAAGCAUCGGCGGCUGGACGUACUCAGCAAAUUUCGCUGCUGCCGCUAGUACAGAAGCAACUCGUGCACGGUUUGCCUCGACAGCCGUGCAAUUUGUUCAAGACCUUGGAUUUGAUGGCCUUGACAUUGACUGGGAGUAUCCAGCCAACGAUGUCGAAGCUGCCAAUUUUGUGCUUCUCUUGAAGGCUAUUCGCUCUGCUCUUGAUGCAUAUGCCGCACGCUAUGCUCCUGGCUAUCAUUUCCUCAUCACCGCUGCAACCCCUGCCGGUCCAGACCACUACAAUGUCCUUCAUAUGGCAGAUAUGGAUAAGUACCUUGAUUCCUGGCACUUGAUGGCGUAUGAUUAUUCUGGGUCCUGGGAUAACACCACUGCUCACAACGCGAAUCUAUAUCCUAGUGUGCUCAACCCAAAAAGUACACCAUUCUCGACACAAAGGGCCAUCGUUGACUACGUCGCCAAGGGUGUUCCAAUUUCCAAGAUAAUCCUGGGUCUACCAAUCAAUGGGAAGUCAUUUUUGAAUACCACCGGAUUAGGAAUGCAAGCCACUGGUAUCGGUCCAGGAUCAUGGGAGGCCGGAAUAUAUGAUUACAAGGUCCUCCCUCGAGCUGGCGCCACUGAAUUUUAUCUUCCUGAUGUCGUUGCAACUUACAGUUACGACAAUGUUACUAAAGAACUCAUCAGUUAUGAUAACGUCAAGUCGGUCUCGAUGAAAACGAAAUACAUUAUGACUAGCGGACUGGGCGGUGCAAUGUUCUGGGAGACUAGUGCGGACAAGACCGAUGAUGGAAGUCUCAUUUCGACGACCGCCCGACUUUUCCCCGCUUUGGACCAGGCCCGGAAUCUGUUGACGUACAAUGCGAGUGCAUAUGCGAACAUGGCAGCCGGUAUGCCUGGUGAGUAA